UCCAGAGCCGGUGCUAAUGUUGUGGUCACCGGUAGACGAGCCGAUAAAGUGUCAGAAGUGGCCAAAGAGUGUCUCAAAGUAUCACCGAAACAGUCGAAAGCACUGGAAGUGGUGGCGGAUGUGACUAAACCGGAAGACUUGCGACGACUUGUGGACACAACUAUCAAACACUUCGGGAAACUCGAUGUUUUGGUUAAUAAUGCCGGCGCUUCUAUUGUGGCUAAUGUUACUGAUAAGGAAUUCUACGAGACUUAUCUGAAAGUGAUGCAAUUAAACCUCAAUUCUGUGGUCUAUUUAACGCAUAUAUGUGUCGAGCAUUUGGAGAAAACAAAGGGAAAUGUUAUCAACAUUUCAAGUGUCGCCGGGAAGAGAGCCUUUGCGGGGUGGGCGCCAUACUGUACGUCUAAGGCUGCGAUGGAUAUGUUCACCAAAUGUAUGGCCGCGGAGUUGGGACCCAAACGUAUCCGCGUUAAUGUCAUCAAUCCCGGCCCCGUUCGUACGGAAUUCCUAUCUGCAAUGGGUAUGCCUAACGAGGUGUCCGACAAAAUGCACGACGGAUUUGGCAGUAUAAUACCUGUUGGCCGGUCAGGCCUGUCCACUGACAUCGCUGAUUCAAUCCUAUACCUGGCCAGUGACCAUGCUGCUUUUGUCACGGGCACUAACCUGGUGUCAGAUGGGGGACAGAUGGCCGCUAAUGCUCUUAACAUUGAAUUCCUUAAAGAUUUGAUGUAAACUCGUUUGUACUGUAAUUUGAAUACAAUUUACAGUUAUACUGU